AUGAGCCAAAUCGAGGCAGACAGUUACGAGGUCGUCCUCGUACCGGACGAAUCGCAGGAGAGCCAGAACCUGCUGCAGCGAUAUGUCAGCGAGUUUGGCAUCCCUGGUUUUGGUCUGAAUUUGCCUAAGGCCCGAUAUGAUGGCCUGAAAGAAGGUGCUGAACCUGUGACAAAGCCAGGCUCUGAGAUCACAUCUGCAGUGGAAUCAUCUCGCGAUGUGAAACUGAGAUCCUCCCACUUUCCGACCUCGCCAGAACCACAACCGAUUUCCAUCCCUUCUUCUUCUCCGACGAGUCAACGCGCCGAGACGACAGCCGAGAAUCGCGACCAGAAUCGACGAUCCCAUCAUCUCGAUCCCGAUCAUGUCCACAACCCCGUCAAAUUCCCUGCACCCGCGCGAGCAAUAACUCGAAUAAUGGACAUAUCAGAGUCCCCCACACAAGCGAACGAUGACCGCGACUACGAGACGGAGUGUCAUCUACCCCUCGAUACGACCGAUCCGCUCACGUCUCCUGGCAACCACCAUGGCACGAAUCAAUCGGACGCGGACGAGCUUCGAACCCUCCAAGAGGGCGAUACCGGGGCCGUCAACUUUGUGCCCCUCAGCCAAGAUGGCAAGGACAUGUCUCAAGAGUCUGACAUCUUGUCGCCAUUCGCCGAGAAUCCCAUCCUGCAACGGGGCGAUUGGCGCGGCCAAAGGGCAUCCCAGCGACUGGGAACCACACCCGCCCGUCCCUCGACAAUGGCAGCUCCUCCCGAAACCCCCGCUGGUCCCGUCAACCCAUUCGGCGCACGACAGCGACCCGCAUCCGUCCUACGCGCAACCCAGUUAUUCAAUGCAACCCAGUUUUCAUCGGGAGGCGUGAAGAAGUUUAGUCCGACUUCCUCUCGACCAUCCCCCCACGCAUUCCACCAGACAUUUCCUACCGACACAUCCCCGGCUGGACUUUUGACGUCUCCUCUAAAGAACCGUACGACCUCCUCACCAUCCAUCUUUCGAAAGAGUAGCCCGCCGCGUGUUCAGAUUCCUAGUACGUCUUUUGCCGAGCUACCGCCGUCCCGAUCGCCUCCCCACCAGUACUCUUCUCGAGACGAGGAAGCCAUACCGGAAUCGCCGCCGGGCGAUCCGGACCCGUCGCCACCUCGGAAGCGCCAGAGACAAGAGCUUCUGGAAGAUUACGAACCAGUGGCGGUUUCCCAGCAGCGCAAGUUGAUGAGCGACGAACUGAACAAGGUUUCGGACUCGGAUUCCGGCGAGGACGAUGAUCUACGGCGCCGGCGACUUGCGAGACAGAAGCGAGAACAGGCUGAGCGACGACUUAAUGAUAUCUCGUUUGUACCUCCGCCAAGGGACACGGCGACAAAUGCCAGAUCGCUGAGGAAGCGGAACACGCGUCGAGGCGGGCGGUUGUUCACCAAUGAAGCGAACCUCGAUGAUGAGCGGAACGAGCUGGCUAGCCGGCGACGACCAUCAUCUGCAUCGGGUCAACCUUUCGAAACCCCUUCUAAUGUUAGGUUCGCUUCUGUCCCUCCACAGGAGCAUAGUUCAAUUGACAAUCGCCGGAAUAUGACUUCGCCAGCAGAGGCUCAAGAACAGAUCCCCCCGACGAGUUCACCCUUGGUAGCUCAGGCGCCGGACCUUGAACCUUCGGAACGUUCUUCCCCUCCACUCAAACCUCAACCUCCGGAAUCUAGCAACACGCCCUCUUCGGUUUCGCUACCUGUCCAAUUACCACCAUCUUCACAGGUCUCGAAGCGCAAAUACGGGUUCCGUCGCGUAGCGGGGAGGACGAGUAGUAAGAUGCUGGUUCCCGAGUCACCCAUGGUAGUGCCCGAGUCGGAUCUUGCCCAGGGACAGGGAGGGGUUCCCAUAAGUGGCGGCGAGGGUGAUGAGGACGACGAUACUGUCUUAGCGCCGGAUACUAAUUCCAGGGCCACGACUCGAAGCCGGUCACCUGUGCUUGAUGAUCUUCCUCCCACGCAACCGCCUCCCCCGGCCACCCAGACCGAGACUCGCGAGAGCCGGCAAGAGGAGGAUACUGUUGUUGAAGAGCCUGAAGCCGUCCAAACUGUACCCGACUCAGCCCACGGUGCGCCGAAGAAGCCCCCAUCACCCCUCAGCAACCUCUCAUCGACCCCCUCCCUACCGCAUUCCCCGCGCGAGACAACAUCAUCUACGUCGCGACCAGACCUCUACGAUCUGCCCACCUCCUCAGCCGCAGAGCUCCCCCCUCCCAAGAGUGUGCGGGCACCACUCCUGCGAAAGACAUACUCCAAAGUCCGCCGCACACUUCGAAUGACGAGAACUGCCAUCGCAUCUUCUCGGCAGCAGCAUCACGACAGGUACGACCCGGGAUCUACAGAUGAACUCGCCAAAUCGCCUUCAAGAGGAACAUUCAACAGUAGUAUGUUGAUCUCCAGGACUAGCGUGGGAAGAUCCGGACGACUCAGCGACAGCAGCAUGAGAGGAAACCAACUCCUCUUUGAUAACAUGGCGUUUGCCAUUUCGUUCCAAGCUAGGCGCGACGACGAGACUGAGGACGAGUACCGCGAGAGGUGCAGCAUGAGCGAAGAGCUCUGCGAUGUCGUUUCCAGAGCCGGUGGAAAGAUCCUCGCCAACGGGUUUAACGAACUUUUGGACCCGGCUACCUUGAAGCAAUGGCCUGUGGUUCAAUCUAGCGGACAUGGAGGGGCGGCGAGCAAUGACGAAUCCGACUUUACGCUCGAACUUGGACAGCAGGCCAAGGGGCUAGGCUUCACAGCUCUGCUGGCGGAUGGACAUUCACGAAAGGUCAAGUACAUGCAGGCGCUCGCGCUAGGUCUUCCCUGCCUCGCAUACCAGUGGGCCACGGCGUGUCUCGAGAAGGGUGAGAUCCUCGACUGGUCACCCUACCUCCUCUGCGCGGGCCAAUCCGUCUGCGUCGGCAACGCCAUCCUCUCGCGGCACCUGGUCCCGUACUCCGCCAUCGGCGCGGCGCUCGCGGACGUCGUCUCCCAGCGCACGGAGUUACUCGGUAGCGAUCGGAUCCUCCUCGUCAUGAAGAAGUCGCGGGUGGAGGAGACGAAGAUGGCGUAUCUACUCCUCGCGCGCAUCUUGGGGGCUAGGCUCAUACGCGCUUAUAAUAUCCGUGACGCCAGGAAUGCUCUUCGGCGGAGCGAGGCGCGCGAUCAGAAGUUUGACUGGGUUUACGUUGAUGAAGAGACGGGCUCAGUUGAGCAGCUUUUUAGCGCCAAGGCGCCUGAAGAGAAGACGGCUUCGAAGAAGAAGAGGAAGAGGUCGGGCGGUGGUGGGAGUCAGGUGGCGGCGGAGCAGGAUGGUCCGGCGCCGGGGAGGGUGCGGUGUCUUAGUAACGAGCUUGUUAUACAGAGCUUGAUUAUGGGGCGGAUCAUUGAUGAGGACGAGAGGGCAUUUACUUCUCUUUGA